AGCGGGCGGUCGCGGCGCUGCCGGGAGCCGGAGCCGGAGCCGGAGCCGAGCGGGGUCGAGCCGAGCCUGAGCGCGGGGCCGCGCCGCCCCGGCCGCCCUUUGUUGUCUGGGCUCCUGCCGGCGGCGGCAGCAGCAACAGCAGCAACAGCAACAACAACAGCGGCGGCGGCGGCCGGCCCCUGCCCCGGCGGGGCGGGCAGGCGGGAUGUCCCACGAGAACCUGCUCGGCAUGGACGAGGGAGCGCUGCGGAAGCUGCUGGAGGCGACGCUGGACCUGGCUGAGCGGCGCCGCAUCCGCUCAGCCAUCAGGGAGCUGCAGCGGCAGGAGCUGGAGCGGGACGAGGAGGCACUGGCAUCCAAACGCUUCCGCCCGGAGCGUGGCAGCCACCGACAGGACGACAAGGAGAACUGGCCGCGGUCCCGGCGCCUGGAGGAGGAGCAGCAGGCAGCCCUGGCCACCUUGUCCAGGCAGCUCGAAGCCAUCACCGAUGUGGAGGAGCUGACAAAGCUGCUGCGGGCGGCAGGUGAGUAUGAGGAACGCAAGCUGAUCCGAGCUGCCAUCCGCAAGCUGCGGGCUGAGGAGAUCGAAGCCGCAACCCUGGCUGGGAACACGCAGAGCAGACGGAGGAACGGCAGCGAGCCCCCUGCUGUGCCCGGGGAUGCACAGAGCAGCCAGAGGGACGAUGCUGAAGCACCAGCCCUUGCUGGGAGCGGGAAGAACAGCCCGAGAGGCGAUACUGAGCUGCCAGCCCUGUCUGAGAGUGGGGAGAGCCAUGGCGAGGGCAGCACCGAGCCCCUGGCCACAGCCAGGAGUGGGGAGGGCAGCCAGCGGGAUGAGGCAGAGCAGCCGGCACUGGCCGAGGCGGAUGAGAGUGGCUGCGGGGAAGCUGCCGAGCGGCCCCCUGCCCAGGAGCCAGAAGGCUCAGCGGCCCGCGAGCAAGAUGACGCGGUGGAGCAGGAGCAUGUCCUGGCUGGGAUACAGGAGCUACGCAGCCAGCAGGCGGGAGACCCCCAGAAACCCAGUGCCCAGGCCACGGUCUCGGGGACCCUCGUGCUCCUGGAGCUGCAGCCGGUCCCGGAACCUGGUCCAGAGCUCGAAGAUGGUGGUGAGGAGCCAGAGCGGGUCCAGUCGUGCUCCCCAGGCGCUGCUCAGCCAAAGGGGCAGCACCACGCAGCCUGGAAGGAAGGGAGCCCAGGCAGCCCCGACGCUGCCCAGGAGCCCGGUGGGAAGCAAAGCUGCCGGGUGGGGCAAGCCCCCACGGGCCAUCCCAGUGCUGGCAGCCGGGGCAGCCAGCUUGGUGUUAGGGUGCACAGCCAGGUGUCAGCGCCGCCUGGGAGGCGUGGGGAGCCGCCAGUGGCGGCAGUGCCCACGCAGAAUGUAGUGGGGACCUCGGCUCGCCUGAACACUCACCGGUGGGAGCAAGUGUCCUCCUCUCCGCACCCGGCUGGCCGCGGGGAGCCGAGCCCCGGCGGGACCCCGCCGCGGGCCGCCUCGGUGCGGGAGAGAGCCCAGCGCUUCACCCCGGCGGGCCCGGGCCCGGCCCCCGGCCCGGCGGGGGCGGGCGAGGCGGGGGGGCGGGCCGGGCCCGGCCAAUGGCAACGGGGGCCCCGCGCGGCCCCGCCGGGGCCCUCUCAAAACGCCCGGGGCGGCGGCGGCGGAGGCGCAGAGCAGCGCCUGGCACCGGGCCCCGCCGGCCGCGGCCUCGACGGCAUGAAGACCUACUUCACCAUCGAGAUCAAGGACGGGCGCGUGCAGCCCCACGCGCCCCGCGUCGUGGCUGCCCCCGGCAGCCAGCGGGCAGAGGUGACCCUGGGGCUGCGAAAUACCCCCAUCCGCAUCACCACCAUCCCCAGCAGCGGUGGCAGCGUCUGCAGCGUCAGCAGUAUCAGCAGCAAUGUCACCAAGGACCCUUGUGCCCACUUUGAGGGCACUGAGGAGCCCAGCGGCCCCGUGGCCCAUCCGCCCGCUUUCUCCAGCACUCGCCAGCAAUCGACCCUGCACCUCUCCCGGAGCAACAGUAGUAUGGAGCCAGAGGUGGUGGAGCAGUCCCAGGCGCCGAGGCUGGAGCCAGAGCUGCCUAACGGCAUGGAGAAAGUCCAAGCGAGGGAGCUGGAGAGAAGGAGCAAGCUGAACGUUGAGGAGCUGAGCAGGAUUGAGGAUGAAGAUAUUCUGGAUAAGAUGCUGGAUCGGACAAUGGACUUUGAGGAGCGGCGACUGAUCCGAAACGCCAUGCGGGAGCUGCGCCAACGCAAGCGAGACCAGCGGGAGAAGGAACGGGACCAGCGGCUGCAGGAGACGAGAAGCCAGGCUACGGCAGGGAGGGCCGGCCACACCACGGAGACCACCACCACGCAGAGCACCCAGUCAGCCGACGGCUCGGCACGCAGCACCGUCACCAAGACCGAGCGUCUCACCCAGUCUAGUGAUGGCAGCAAGACCUCCCGUACCACAACCAUGGAGUCAAGUUACGUGAAGAGAUCAGACAAUGGCAACAGCACGUUCGUUCAAACUAAGUCAUCCUACAGCUCCUCUUCCAAAAAGACAGGCAGCAUCUUCGACCGUGAAGACGAGAGUGCCUCCAGGCAGAGCAGUCUGGCUGCGCUGGAGCGGCGCCAGGCUGAGAAGAAGAAGGAGCUGAUGAAAGCUCAGAGCCUGCCCAAGACAUCGGCCUCGCAGGCUCGCAAGGCCAUGAUGGAGAAGCUGCAGAAGGAGGGCGGGAGCUCGCCAAACCCUGCGGCGGCACGCACCGCUGUGCAGCGCUCCUCCAGCUUCGGUGUGCCCAAUGCCAACAGCAUCAAGCAGAUGUUGCUGGACUGGUGCAGAGCCAAGACCCGGGGCUACGAGCACGUGGACAUCCAGAACUUCUCAUCCAGCUGGAGUGAUGGCAUGGCCUUUUGCGCCUUGGUCCACAACUUCUUCCCCGAGGCGUUUGACUACAGCCAGCUGACGCCCCAGAACCGCCGCCACAACUUCGAGGUGGCCUUCUCCUCCGCAGAGAUGCUGGUGGACUGCGUGCCCCUGGUGGAGGUGGAAGACAUGAUGAUUAUGGGGAAGAAGCCAGAUUCCAAGUGUGUCUUCACCUACGUGCAGUCCCUCUACAACCACCUGCGUCGCCACGAGUUGCGCAUGCGGCAGAAAGAGUGCUAGAGCCUGCCCUGCCCACCACCCCACUGCUCCCUGCCCUCAGGGCUGCUGUCAGACAGGGGAGCUGCCUUCCCCAGGAGGGUCCGGGGGGCCACCGGACCGGCGCUGGGGACGGGGGGGCUCUGCCACUGGGGCGACCCCAUGCCUCUGCCUUGCUGGAGCUCCCUCUGCCCUGGCCGGCUGUGGGCUGACCCCGUGGGCAGGGCCAGGCAGGCGCUGCCGGGGAUGCUCCCCAGCUUGGCUCGCCUCCCACGCUCCAGCGUGUUAAGUUAUUUGUUCUCCAGGAGUUCUUUGUCCCAUGGAGACCUGGGGAGGCCUGGGCACGGCUGCACCCUCGGGCCCGGGGCUGGCAGGGGUUGGCAGCCGCAUGGGGUUGUGCAGCCCAGCCCAGGUCAUGGUGCAUCCUGCCGGCAGUGCACCUGCAAGUGGUUCUCCUUGGCCUGCUGCGAGGAAGCCCCUCUGCCCACCGCAGGCCCUGCUUGGUGCCACCUCCCUGGUGACAGCUCCACGGCCCCGUGCUGACACUCUGCUUCCCACUGCGCACACGCACCCUGGGGCACUUCCACACAAGGGGGCUGCAGCACCCAUGUGCUGGGGUGUGGGCAGGGAGGUGAGGGGUCCCAGGGGAGUGAGAGGCCCAAGGAGAGAGCCAGGAAGGCAGCCCCCACUCUCCUCCCCAGCUUGGGGCGCCACGUGCUCAGCGCCGCUUGCCCCUCCAUCACCGUCUCUACACCUGUGUUGACACGUGUACCAACACCAGCCAGACAAUAAAGGUUUAUUCUAUAGGGUGA